AUGAAGCUCAUAUUUAAAAACAUUGAAAAGGAUGGCUGUGGGAGCAUCGGCCUCGUACCAGAGGAAUCAGAAGACAUGUGGCAUGCCUACAAUUUAAUCGCAGAGGGUGAUGCAGUGACUGCUUCGACUGUACGAAAAGUACAAACGGAGUCAUCAACUGGCUCCUCCACUAGUAACAGAGUAAGAACUACUCUCACUAUUAGAGUCGAAAGCAUAGAUUUCGACACACAAGCAUGUGUUUUGCGUUUAAAGGGACGCAACAUAGAAGAAAACCAAUAUGUGAAGAUGGGUGCUUAUCACACAUUAGAUUUAGAACAAAACAGAAAGUUCAUUUUACAAAAAGUUCUGUGGGAUUCAGUUGCUCUAGAUCGGGUGGAAACAGCAUGUGAUCCUACUGCUACUGCUGAUGUAGCAGCUGUUGUUAUGCAAGAAGGUUUAGCUCAUGUCUGCCUCAUCACACCUUCUAUGACAUUAGUGCGAUCUAAAAUUGAUGUCACAAUUCCAAGGAAAAGGAAAGGAUUUGUUCAACAACAUGACAAGGGUCUCAACAAAUUUUAUGAUGCUGUUAUGCAGGGUAUAUUAAGGCAUAUUGAUUUCAACGUUGUUAAGUGUGUGAUACUUGCAUCUCCAGGAUUUGUUAAAGAUCAGUUUUUUGAUUACAUGAUGCAGCAAGCUAUUAAAACGGAUAACAAACUGCUUAUUGAUAACAAAGGAAAGUUCUUAUUGGUAAAAGCGUCAUCUGGAUUCAAACAUUCUUUAAAAGAGGUUCUUCAAGAACCAUCUGUAAUGGCAAAGAUAUCAGACACAAAAGCAGCUAGCGAAGUGAAACUACUCGAGAGUUUUUAUACAAUGUUGCAGUUGGAACCAGCAAAGGCAUUUUAUGGCAAGAAACAUGUUGAAAAGGCAAAUGAGGCGCUUGCUCUUGAGACACUUAUGAUCUCUGAUAAAUUAUUUAGGUGUCAAGACAUUUCGAAAAGAAAGGAGUAUGUAGCCCUCGUAGACUCGGCGAGAGAAAAUGGCUGUGAUGUCAGGAUAUUUUCAAGUAUGCAUGUAUCUGGUGAACAAUUGGACCAGUUAACUGGCAUAGCUGCGAUAUUACGUUUUCCGAUGCCAGAGCUUGAAGACAGCGAUUUGGAGGGAGAUAGCGAUGUAGAGUCAGAUUGA